AUGUCAGUGGAGCCUCCACAACCACUGAAACCCCCCAGCCAUCCAGCCUCUCUCCAUCUACCUGAUGGUCCCUGGGAAAGGGACCAUUCACCAUCUCCCAUGAGAGAGUACCUCAUCCCUAGCCCCUUGCCAACCCAGAGAACCAGGACCUUUUCAGUGACUGUGGAAGCAUCCAAGGGACCCAUCUACAAGGGGGUCUGUAAAUGCUUUUGCCUCUCCAAGGGGCAUGGCUUCAUUACACCAGCUGAUGGUAGCCCAGACAUCUUCCUUCAUAUCUCUGUUGUUGAAGAAGAAUAUGUGCCUAUGGAAGAAGAUUACACCUACAAGAUGUAUUCAAUUCCACCAAAGAAUGAGAAGCACCAGGUUGUGGAAGUUUUUAUCACUAAUCUGGAACUGGGAACCAAACAUGAGACCUGUUUGGGACAUAUCAUCAGUUCCUAG